GAGAUGCAGCUGCUCCUGCUCACGACCCUGCUACUGGCCCCGGCGCCCGGGUCCUCGGUGAGCGCGGCCGCGGCCCGGGAGGACCCUGCGGGGGAGGCGGGCGAGGCCGGCUGGAGCCCACGGGGACACAUCCCCACGAGAGGGACGCCGUGGGGGAGGUGGGCCGCGCCCCCAGCUCCCCCGAAGGGCCGGACUCCGGACUCCGGACUCCGGACCCCGAACCCCGAGGCCGGCUGGCCAGGGUGCCCAGGGUCGCGCGCCCCCUUCAGGAGGGAUGGGUGCCUUCCGUACGGGGCCAUGGAGCAGGUGUUGGUCCUGAGGCUAUGCCGGGAGGGACUUUCUAGACCACAAGGAGAGGGUCUGUGGAGCCGGGGGCCACUGUGGCCUGGUGUCUGGCAGAACAGAGGGCACGUGAGUGAGAAGGGACCCCUGAGAGAGGAGCAGACUAUUCGCUGCCGUCGGGCGGUGGGAACGCCCUCAGUGGCUGUGCCGAGCUGCCCCCGCGGUGCCCGGGACUUCCGGGCCCAGCAGUGCUCCGAGCUGGAUGGCACCGAGUUCCGGGGUCGGCGCUACACGUGGCUGCCCUACCUCGGAGCUCCCAACAAGUGCGAGCUGAACUGCAUUCCCAAGGGGGAGAACUUCUACUACAGGCACAGGGAGGCUGUGGUGGACGGGACGCCCUGUGAGCCUGGCAGGCCAAACAUCUGUGUGGACGGCAGCUGCCGGGCUGUCGGCUGUGACCACGAGCUAGACUCGGCCAAGCAGGAGGACAAGUGUCUGCAGUGUGGGGGUGAUGGCUCCACCUGCUACCGCAUAGCAGGCACCUUGAAUGCCAGUGGUCUCAGCAGAGGCUACAGCCAGAUCCUCCGUAUUCCUGUGGGGGCCACCAGCAUCCGCAUCGAGGAGGCAGCUGCCAGCAGGAAUUUCCUGGCGGUGAGGAGCAUCCUUGGGGAAUACUACCUCAAUGGGCACUGGGCCAUCGAGUCGGCUGGGGCCCUGCCUGCCGCUGGCACCGUCCUGCUGUACCAGCGCGGCAUGGAGGGCGACCAGGUUCCUGAGCGACUCUGGGCCCGGGGUCCCACCUCGGAGCCCCUGGUCAUUGAGCUCCUCAGCCAGGAGCCCCACCUCGGCGUGUACUACGAGUACUUCCUGCCCCCAAGUGCCCAGCCCGGCCACAGCUGGAGCCACAGCUCAUGGAGCAACUGCAGCGCCCAGUGUGGCGGAGGUCACCAGACCCGCCGGGUAUUCUGCACCAUGGACCAUGAGGCCUGCCCUGACCAAAUGUGCCAGCACCAGCCACGGCCGGCUGACCGCCGACCCUGCAACCCUCACCCUUGCCCACAGAUCAGGCGCUGGAAGACAGGGUCCUGGGGAUCCUGCUCAGCCCCCUGCGGAGGAGGUUCCCAGUACCGUGCUGUCUACUGUGUGUCCAAUGAGUCUGGUAUCCAGGAGGCCGUUGAGGAGGCAGAAUGUACCGGGCUGCCCGGGAAGCCCCCCACUGUGCAGCCCUGCAACCUGCAUCACUGCAUGGCCUGGAGCCCAGGGCCCUGGGGGGAGUGUUCCGUCAGCUGUGGUGUGGGUGUCCGGAGGCGGAGUGUCACCUGCCAUCGCAUUGAGGGGUCCCUGCCCCAGGCCACUGUGUGCUCCUUGGAGGACCAGCCGCCUGCCACCGAGCCCUGUGUGCGUGAGGACUGUGCCCCCCGCAGCGGCCAGUCUUGGCACAUUGGUGCCUGGGGUCCUUGCUCCCGGAGCUGUGGCCUGGGCAUGCGGAGGCGACAGGUGUCAUGUGCCCAGGGGCUUGACCGCUGUGGGAGCCAGCUGAGCACCAGGCCAGCGGACACAGAGCCCUGCAACACACAGCCCUGCCACCGUCCCCAGGGUGAGGACCCGGGCCGACCUGCCGACCCCCUCCACCCACUACAGCCCUACCCGGGCCUUCCCGCCUCCCAUGCAUCCUUGAGCCUGUGCUUUCCUCCACUGAAAGUGGCACCUUUCCCCACCCACCUGCCCCUGCAGCAUGCUGCCCUCCCUGGGCAGCGGGUGAAGCCAGCACUGGACAGCUGGUCAGGGUCCAGGCCCACCCUCUCCUCCUUCCUCCACCCCCCUACAGAGGUCUCCAGUGUGCAGGACACACCCACCCAGCCUCUGGACCCUCAUCAGCUCCCCGCCUCAGGUGAGGGCUUGGGUGCAGCCCCCAUCCAGGCCCCGCUGCCUUCGUACUCCAGAGACCCGUGGGCAGGGCAGGUGCUCCCCCAGGCCCAGGACGGCCUCCUGGGAGAGCUGAGCCCCCACCUCUUGGGCCCGGGUGCAGCACCCUCUGUGUGGCAGGCCCCACACACACAGCAGCUGCCAUCUGGCUCAGGGCCACGUGAUUGCAGACACAGCCCCCACGGGUGCUGCCCCGACGGCCACACGGCGUCACUCGGGCCGCAGUGGCAAGGCUGCCCCGGGACUCCAUGCCAGCAGAGCAGAAACCCCCGGGGACCUGACAUCUGGGUGUCAGAGGUGUCCACCCCCUCAGCUUGGGGGUGCAAGGGCUCAGCCUCGCGCUGUGGAGCUACCACCGGCCCUGUGGCUGUGGAGCCUCCUGAUGCCCACCGGCCCCAGGCCCAGCAGAGUGAGCCCAGUGACUGCCGGGGCUCCCGGUUCGGCUGUUGCUAUGACAACGUGGCCUCGGCAGUCGGGCCCCUGGGAGAAGGCUGUGUGGAGCAGCCUAGCCAAGCCUACCCCGUUCGGUGCCUGCUGCCCAGUGCCCACGGCCCCUGCACAGACUGGGUUGCCCGCUGGUUCUUCAUUGCUUCCGUGGCCCGGUGCAACCGCUUCUGGUUCGGCGGCUGCCACGGCAAUGCCAACAACUUCGCCUCAGAGCAGGAGUGUGAGGGCAGUUGCCGGGGGUCCCACACCGGUGGCGGCCGGCCCCCGCCGCAGCCCAGCCGGCCCAAGACGGCAGCCAUGGAUCCUGGGCCCAGGGAGGCCUCCCUCGCUCCGGCCUUGGCUGAGAGGCUGUGGAGCCAGGAGCUGAGGCCCGGGGCAGCUGGCCUGGGAGGAGAUGCUGGUGGACUAUCACCACCCACCCACAGCCCCGCCUACAGGAAGAGCGUGGUGGGCUCGGAGCCCACCCUGGUGCAGGCAGCCUUGGGGCAGCGGGUACAGCUCUUCUGCCCAGAGGACACAUCCCCAGAAGGCCAGGCUGCAUGGCAGAAAGAUGGCCAGCCCGUCUCUUCAGACAGGCACAAGCUGCAGUCUGAUGGCUCCCUGGUCAUCUACUCCCUGCGGGUCGAGGACACCGGCACCUACAGCUGUGCCAGCUCUGGGCCAGGCCCAGGCCCAGACUCUCACAAGAUCCACCUUCGCAUCAUAGAGGGCGACACAGCCAUGCUGUCUGAGACUGACCUGAGGCACCACCUUCUGAUCAAGGACACAGCCCAGGGUCAUGGUCCUUCAGACUCUGGCACCGAGGGUGAUGCUGGAGGUUUGGGGUCUGUCUACGUCUCUUCCUCACACCCACGGACAGAAACCAGGCUGCGCCUGGACUGGACCCAGCCUGGGGUGGUAGAUGCCAGUCCCGGCCAGCAGAUCCGGCUGCCCUGCCGCGCAGAAGGCUUCCCGCCCCCGUCUGUGGAGUGGCAGCGAGAUGGGCGGCCCAUCUCUUCUCCCAGACACCACCCACUGCCGGAUGGUUCCUUGGUCAUCCAUCGAGUGGCUGUGGAGGACGGCGGCUUCUACGCCUGUGUCGCUUUCAACGGGCAGGAUCGAGACCAACGAUGGGUGCAGCUCAGAGUUCAGGGGGAGCUGACCAUCACAGGACUACCUCCCUCUGUGGUCGUGCCAGAGGGGGACACUGCCAGGCUGCUGUGUGUGGUAACAGGAGAGCACGUGAACAUCCGGUGGUCCAGGAAUGGGCUGCCUGUGUGGGCCGAUGGGCGUCAUGUCCGCCAGUCCCCAGAUGGCACGCUGCUCAUCUACAACCUGCAGGCUGGGGAUGAGGGCUCCUACACGUGCAGCGCCUACCGGGGGAGCCAGGCAGUGAGCCGCAGCACUGAGGUGAAGCUGGUGCAGCCAGCACCCGCCGCCCAGCCCAGGAACCUUGGCCAGGAGUGUGCCGACCAGCCAGAGCGGGCCAACUGUGAGCUGAUCCUGCAGGCUCAGCUCUGUGGCAAUGAGUACUACGCCAGCUUCUGCUGUGCCAGCUGCUCCCGUUUCCAGCCUCCUGCUCAGCCCACCUGGCAACAGGGAUGAAGCCAGCUCCAGCCCAGUUCCAAACGGUUCUUAGGGCUAAGGAGGAAGGGAGGAUGGACUCUGGCAUCUGCUCUCUGGCUGGCAGAGGGAGUUCCCUUCUGGAGACACUGGCCCUUUAAAAACCCUCCCAGUGUGCAGCCCUGGCAAGACGUCUCUACAAUAAAUAAAAAAAUUA